ACUGAUUCGAACUGGAUUCCACUCGUUGGGCACGGCGGUUUGGGUUCCUUUCUUCUUUCCGGUUGCUGCACCUCGACCUCCACUUUCCCACUUCGCGGCCGGGCCGGCGUCCAUGGCAACGCCGUCGCACGCGCACGGGCUCCCGCUCGUGCCCCUCCGGACGCUCCUGCUCGCCUUGCCGCUCUUGUCGCUCAUCCUCCUCCUCACGCUGCACCUCCCGCCGCGCCACCACCCGGCCCCUCCUGCCCCCCUCAUCCUCCCCACGCCCCUCCGGACCACCGCCGCCGCCGCCCAGCCUAAGCCCAAGGCCGACCCCUCCUCCUCCUCGUCGCCCUCGCCGACGACGCUCUCGCACGUGGUGUUCGGGGUGGCCUCCUCCCGCCGCACGCUGCCGCUGCGCCUCCCUCUCCUCCGCCUCUGGCUCCACCCGCCCGCGCGCGCCUUCCUCUUCCUCGACGCGCCGCCCCGCGCUGCCUCCGUCCCGGCGAACCUCCACCUCCGCGUCUCCCGCGACGCCUCCCGCUUCCCCUACUCCUACCGGAAGGGCCUCCCCUCCGCGGUCCGCGUCGCGCGUAUCGCCAAGGAGCUCCUCCUCGAGCUCCGCCAGCAGCAGCAGCACCAGUCGCCGCCGCCGAGGUGGCUCGUGCUCGCCGACGAUGACACCGCCUUCGUCCUCCCCAACCUCCUCCACACCCUCUCUAAGUACGACUGGCACGAGCCAUGGUACCUCGGCGCGCCUUCCGAGUCCGCCGCGCAGAACGUCUGGCACGGCUUCAACAUGGCCUAUGGCGGCGGCGGCAUCGCCAUCAGCUGGCCCCUCGCAGCGCGCCUGGCCCGCGUGCUUGACUCCUGCAUCAUCAGGUACCCCCACCUCUACGGCAGCGACUCCAGGAUCUACGCCUGCCUCGCCGAGCUCGGCGUCGAGCUCACCCACGAGCCAGGAUUCCACCAGAUCGACCUUCAUGGGGAUAUAUCUGGAUUUCUAAGAGCACAUCCUCUUGCUCCUUUAGUGUCACUUCACCACCUUGAUCAUGUCUAUCCUCUUUACCCUGGUAUGGAUCGUGCAAAGGCGGUUGAGCAUUUGUUCCGAGCAGCUAAUGCUGACCCAGCGAGGAUCCUUCAACAAACAGUGUGCUAUGACCAUUCAAGAUCACUUACUGCUUCAGUAGCAUGGGGCUAUUCUGUCCAGGUUUUCAAAGGCAAUGUACUGCUUCCUGACAUCCUUGCUGUGCAAAAAACCUUUGUGCCAUGGAGAAGAGGUCGCAAUGUUACGGAUGUUUUUAUGUUUAGCACCAAGCAUUAUCCAAGGGACGAGUGCAAACGAGCUGCUCUUUUCUUCCUAAAAAGUAUUUCUUCCGGCAAAGGCAAGACGGAAAGCAAUUACAGUAGGCAGCUGCCCCAGAAAUGCUUGCCAAACUUGAUUCAGUUGAGGAAUAUGCAACAAAUAAAAGUGAGAUCAGAGCUACUGCAUCUGGUUCCUGGGAAGGCUUUAAGACGACACUGCUGUGACAUCGUACCUUCUUCAUCUGAAAUCACCAUGGACAUUGACAUCAGGAAAUGCAAAGAUGAUGAAUUGAUCGCGAUGCAUUCGUAGUGAUUCUUGAAUAAUAUUGGAUACUCAUUUGGAGUAGAUAAUUUACAGCAUGUUCUCGAAUACACCUAAUUUGCUUUUGUUAUAUACGGACCACACUGUCCCACUUCAUUUUGGGUCUGUAGGUCUAUGUAGAGUUAAAGCAACAUACUGUGAUGCACCAUUACCCAAAGUAAUAUAGUGAAUCAUUUUAUAUACUGUA